UAGAGUAGAUGAUGAUCAGCACAUGAUGAGCAGGAUGAUAUUAUGAUCACGGACAGGCUCUUGCUCUACUUCUUUUUGCUGCUAAGUAAAAGUACUAGUAGAAGAGGCAGAGUGGGAGACGGGUGUGACUAAGGAGCAGGUGAAGCUCUACUACAGCCAAAAACUACACUGCUUGUUGUUGUUCUACAACACCCGUUUAUAACCGAACUGGGUUGUAUCUCAUCUUCGUUAUGAAGAGUUAGAGUAACAAUUAGUAGUGUAAGUAUUAGAGCUAUGGCUAUGCAUAAUUAAGAAAGUCCACUUCGAAGAACCACGAGCAGGACCACGUAUAUGGGAGGCCAACUUAGCAUUCAUACUAAGUAUGUGAUGUCAAUUCGGCACCUUAGAAGCCAGUUUAAGCGGUCAACGCGGUGGUUCGUGGAUAAUACUAAAACUAGUGGUCCAAUGUUGUAUCGGACUUGACAAACUCGAGAAACAAUUACACCAGAACGGAGAAUAGGUGUAGUUUGUUUUAGACGAACAAUACGUUAGGAAGGUGUGGAUAAAGUAGCUACAACAGCGUAGUAGGUGUGGGAGGAAAAGUAAUGAGGAGUCAUGAAAAUAAUAGAUGCAACAUGGGAAGGAAGCAAUAGAUAAACGUGCACCUAUUAUAAUUAAAGACUCUAUAUUUCCCCGCGAAUGGGUACAUCAAUCAAUCAAUCAAUCAAUCAACCCGGUUACCGUUAUGCUGUUGCGUUAGAUCCUAUUCCUCUACCUGUUCCUGUUCGUCGCUUGCAACUAAUUGAAACAACUUGUUGAGUCGUUGAUGUACGUUUACUUCCCGGUUUCAUAAAAAAUUUUCUAACUCGUGUGAUGAACGUACUUAGCUAGAAGGGCUUACUUGAUUCUGCUUCGCGAAGCAUCAUGGUAUUCCAUCUUCAUGUAGAGGGAUCUCGGUAAAAAAGACAAAAAGUACUUCAACUAUGCAAGUUUUUAAAAACUGAUGUCGUGGGAGUGCAAGUGGACGUCUGAGGAUUGGACUGCGUAUCGAUCAUCAACAUGCCCACGUCUACCACAUCUCGACCUUCAUUAAGAACACCACUACAUCGAGGAGAUCAUGAGUUAAAGUUGCGGUAGAAAAAAUUCACGUAGAUUAGAAUAUAGAGAUCUUCGAAAGCACUAUUUCAUCAAAGAGAAAGGGCGUUAGCGUUACAGAGGAGGAAGGCAUGCAACGCAGUUUUGCUUUUGGCGUUUUGAGUAUGUAUUUUAUCAAAAGUAAGAGAAGAUAAAAAGAAAAUGAUAAAGAGCGGGAAGAGGUGAGCCACCUGCAGCUUUAACAACCUCCUGCCAUAAAAUACAGCUUAAGGUAUUAGAAACAGAGGCGAACAAGAACAUAUUGCAAAAACUUAGACGAAACAUCACAACCUCAACCUAUCCAUUAGAGGGGAAAAGUGUGAUCUUGCAAAUGCAAAAUCUAAACUCUUAUAACCUUAUUACGCAGGCGUGUUGAACAUCACUUUUCUUUGAAUUUGCAAAUCGUGUCUGAAGAACUGGAACUGAAACAAGAACAAAGAACACAUGUCACAGCAAAUCGAGUAUCGUUUCGAUGGAUUUGUCGUGUUCUUCGCAUUUGGUCGCUUGAUAUAAGUUUAGGAAUUCUAGAACGCCGUCUAGACUCUAUCAAAACUGAUCUCCCUGAUUGGAAGCAGCCUCGUCUCUCAAUUUAAUUGAACUUUAUGUAUAAGCGAGAGUUGAGGAGAGGGAGGUUCUUGAGAAAGAGGAGGAGAGGAAGGAACGGGCCCCUUCUUCGGCAAAAUUGUUUUCGUGUUUGCAUCGAGAGAUAAAAUCAUGUUCACUAGCUACGCAUUGAGCGUGAGACGGAGAGUGAGAGACAAAAGCAAAGACUACUCGAUGAUUCGCUAUUUAUUUUAUGCAGCUUACGAUGUUGAAGAGCAGAAGUAUUAAAACGUACUAGACCAGAAGCGAAGUCGUGUAUCGAAUUCGGCCGAGACACGAAGUAUUGCGAUGUUAAUCAACUCCAAUAUUUUCAAACGCACUUUUUCCAGGACUCCAUGCCAUCACAAACCCAACAAGCAUCUACCUUUCCAUGACCCGAACCCGACACUCCAAUCCCCAGAUUCCUCCAUCUCCCAAGAGACCUAAAACUAAUCUAAUUGCAGGCAGAUCAUUUAGAUACAGACACUGCUACAGCGAGAAGUUCAUAUUCAACAGGUAAGUAUCUAUAUUGUGUAAGGUGAAAACAAAGGUAGCAAAACCAGACUUCGGAAACACGAAACAAGGCGAUCUUUAUGGUAAAAGGGAGAAAGAAUGAAUGCAGUUUUUACUGUUCAUUUUAACUACCCGGCAAGUUGUCCUGUAUCUUGAUCUUCUCCCUUGUACUUGUACUAUAGCUGCUAGAAAAGGAGAUAACGAUAAGUGGGUAGAGCUAAUUUUCAACCGCGAGCAUGAUGAUUCUAUGAGAUGAACUUAUCUGGUCUUCGCAACGAAACCGACAGAUGAGUACGGAAAAUAUAACGGAAUUCGCCCUGCAGUAGAAACUACAAAUAGCGGAAUCCAGUCGUGGUUGCUGUGCGAUCUCUCUAUAAGCAGAGAAGAUCAGCAUGCACUGCUCGACCGAAAACGACUCAGAAGAUUCCCACUCUACAAACUAGAAUGGGUCAAGCCUGCGGAAAACUCUUAGUGCUGGAAGCACUAGGGGUGAUACUAGUGCUCGCAGACGAUGAUCAUAGACGGAGAGAAGAGAGAGGUGAUCCGGGUGGAGGUGGUCCAGGAGUGUCUGCGUCCUCGUCAUCGGCCUCUAGGUCUAGCACGAGAAGUCUAGCAGAAGCCCACAUCAUCGGAAGAGACUCAAAAUCCGGCUCAACAUCAUCUUCAUCUUCCUCGAAAAGUGCAUCAAGACAUGUUGAAGAGGCCAUAUUAUCAGAGGCAUCUUCAUCCUCCUCUUCUUCUUCUUCUUCAAAUAGUAGAGGAACUAGUGUAAGUGUCGAUCAUUCUGAUGGUAAAAAACUACCAGGUGCUGGCACUGGUCUUCUGACAGGCAACACGGUAAGUGCAAGUGGUAGCUCCUCACGCAUACAUGAUGAAGACAGCCACCUUCUCCAUGAAAAAAGCAGCCAAGAAAAGCACAGCAAGAAAGAGAGUCAACAUGUUCAUGUUGAUGUUGGAGGUGGAAAGAAUGAUCGUGAAGAAGAAGCGCGCCGGCGACUGAGGGACGAAGAUCAUGGGCAUCUUCAUAGAAGAAAUGGCAAGGAGGGGAGCGCCCCACUAGGAGGCUUUAAAUCUUCAGGAAGAAGUGCUAGUGCUAGUGCUAGUUCGUCACAUGCUGGAACUGGUUCGGAUUCUAGUGGCAGGAGUGGUAAUGAUGCUGAAGUAGGAAGUGAUGUUGGAGGAGGACACGUUGGAGGACACGGAAAAACCGUGAGCAGUGGGGAUCAUGAAGCCGCUUCUUCUAGAAAAAUGACACGUGAUGGAAACACAGCAUCAGCAACAAAUCCAGAUAGAGGAGUGCGGAAGCUAGGAGGGCUUCGUGGGACCUCGUCAUCUUCUAGUGGGAGUGUUAGUGAAGCAGCCUCAUAUGGAGCUACAGGUACACUUGCAUCUACUUCAUCUUCAUCAAGUAGUGGAGCGGGUAGUGCGGAAAGAACAUCUUCAAGCAGGGUGGACCACCAGGAGAUAGUAAAGGCAACUGGUCGUGAACAAAUACGAGAACUAGACGAAGCAGCUGCUACGCACAAGAACAGCAAGCCUGCUUUACGGAGCACCACAGAGACUAGCAAAUCGACCUCUAGAAAGCAUGAGAGCAGCAAAUCAAACGACAGGAUAGAGCCCUAUCCGAAUCUAGCAUCAGCGACAACACGGACAGUAACUCCUUCCUCAGCAGCGUCGGCCAAAGCUGCCUCUGGCACGAGUCGGAGGACCAUGUUGGAUCACGAUGUUGCUCUACUUGACAAAUCAACAUCUGCACCAUUGUCAUCUUCAAUGCGAGGAGCUCCCUCUAGUACUUCUUCCUCACAUCACCAUUCGCAAAGCCGAAUCCAUUCAGGCAGUAGGAAACUCGUGAAUCCGUUCAUCCAGGAUUUGAGUCACAGCAGUUCUGGUGGAACAUCACACAUUGGAGUAGGUUCAGCACACCCAAAGCGCAAGGCUCAAGAAGAGGAGCAAGCGCUGAUCGACUUGACAACGUGCCGGAAACCGGAGUCAUGGCGAGGGUGUCAGCCAAUGUCGCAGUGGCUAGUGCACAACGCUGACCCCAUGGUGCAUGGAUGGCGUGUUUUAGAGGUGCAGUUCUUUUCAGACAGGAGUUGCACAAACCAAUUGCAGUGGUCAACGCCACUUAGUGCGGGAUUCUUGUCGUGUGGGCAGCAGGGACAAGGGUAUUUUUUACUUUUAAGUACUGGUACUUAGGCAAUACAUGUUCUCCUUCUACUCUCUGUUGAAACUAGGAGAAAAUUGUCAUUGCUGUCAACAUCGGAAACUGCCCUACCUUGCACUACAAGAUCGACGCCGACACGUUAGCCACGACAUCUCGAGGGAGUCUCUUCAUCUUUACAUUCUGACAAGAGAAACUGCGUCUUACCACCGCUACCAUGACAAUACCUCUCCAGUUUUUGUCAUCAGAAUCGCACGAACAAGAAAGUAGAUAACGAUACUCCGCCUGCACGUGCACUUUCAAUAAAUAUCCUUCCAGGUACGCCCCAGUGCAUGGUAUGGACAACAAGGAGCAGACACAGUGGAUAUCGAAGUGUGGAACCGAGUCUCGAGAUUGCGAUGGGAUACCAGGGAGUCCCUCAGUAGAGGAGAGAGAUAUGUGCAAGAGCUUCCACAAUCGUUAUAACGGUCUGACACCUAGUGAAGCAAACUAUCGCGGCACCUACAUCGGAGCAACGUUUGCAAGUCCACAAGCGGUGCAAUGCGUGAGGUUAUUGCAGGCUGGGAGACCAUACAGAAGCGAUAGGGUAUCUAUACUUGCUGGAUCGAUAGAGUAGACUUUCUUAGUAGACGAGGUUAUGGUUAGUGUGGUGCGAAGUCGUGUUUUACUAGACGCCAGGUGGCUGGUGUGAAUGUUUUGUCUUCUUGUUCUUUUCAAUUUCAUCUCCUUUAAAUUGUGAUUGUUUACCAGUCCCACUCCCAUCUUCACUGCUUCUGCUUCCCCCUAUAAUGAUCCUCACACGAACCUCGUAAUCCACCAUUGCAGGUAACAAUCACAAGCCACAAUCAAAACGACUGCUAUAUCUGUGCAGAUGGUGCAAUGCAACUCAGUGACACAUUUGACGACGGGCUGGAUACCUACAUCGGGACGCCAGGCCUCAAACUCGAAUUCUUUACAUCGGUAUUCGUAUUGACUAUGAGCAGUAUAUCUGAAUCUGCAGUGUGAGUAUAAUGGCUAAAUCCGCAGCUCAUUCUGGAUAUUUGAUUACAAGUAGAUUGGUAUCAGUUUCUUCUCAUGAAGUGCAACUCUGAUACCUUAGGUGCGACUCUCACUUGUUUCUCUUGAUGUUCUUCUACUCGUUGUUUUACUACAAGAAUGGAUCAUGUGGCACAAUUUUUAUCUGCGUUGACAGACUUUUACAACUAAUAACUCCAAAACAGCUGCACACAUGGGGAAACAUUGCGCAGAAGGGUAUUUGGCCCACGAGUUGGGAAGGCGUCGUGAAAACCGACAACCUCAACGUGACAACCAAUUCUAGUGCAGUAAGCUAUCCGCUGUCUGCCGAUCCAUGGAGUAUAACCUAGUUCCUAGUCGUCCCUAGUUUACUACACCAACACCUACUAAGAAGUUGUCCCGAGUUUACUACACCAACACGUAGUCCCGAGUUUACUACACCUAGUCGCUACUAGUCCUAAUCCACCUACUAACGAAGAUUGAUGAUGUUGAGAUGUUGAUGCCAUGUUGUAGAUGCUGAGCGUUAGUACUAGUACAACCACUAGCUCACUAGGCACUUGAUGAUAGAUUAUGCUUUCGACAUCAUUUGUUUCAUUGAAAAAAAAUUGAAUACGAAAAAUGAAAAUGAAAAAAAAAAUCGUCCUUCGUUCUUUAUUUCAACGUCCAACCGAAACUCAAACUUCUCACCCCUUUACAACGAAGGAACCGGCUGGCCCGGCCCGAAGACCAACUAUCUUGGACGAUGGCAAGGCUUACUCAGAAUUCUCAACGAAGGGCCCUACAUGUUCCUUUUGCAGUGCGAUACUGAGGCUAAGGUCUUUUUCGAUGGAAACCUGGUUCUCCAAAACAACGGCUCAGCAGGGCAAAUGGUCGGUCUCUAUUACGAGGCAGAAACGCAGAUGGUAAUCCUAUAAUUCACCUACGUUUUGACUACAUCCACGUAGGACUCGAAUAAAUCUAGUAUCGAUGGUGCUGUUCUCGUUUUCCUUUUUAUCCCAUAGUGAAGGAGAUACUCUUACCUAUACCUCGACCCACCGCACCCUUGUAGAAAUCUUCUAGUACAAGUAUCUAUAAACCCAACACUACAUCAGCAUUUGCAAGCGGGCGUCAGAUACUUCGAGUUGCAGUACAAGCACCUCUACCAAGAAAGCCUCAACGAGAGGCACGGCGUCAUUUUCUCCUACAAAGGUACUCUACUACUACUUGCACUAGUACUACUAGUGUCAGAAAAAGACGUCGUUGAAAUUGAACGGGAAGAUCUUGUCAUUUAGACUUCCAGUUGACUUCUACAUCCAGUGAUGAAAUAAGAUGUAUGUACCCCUAGAAUGGGUUUACUACUACUACUACUACAUCAUGCUUAUAACGACCACAUCAGGCCCCGACACAAUCCCAACGGACACGACUACGACGACAAUGGGAAUGCCAGUUCCAGAUAGGAAUGACGGCGCACCGGCAACGACAUUGCCUCCGCCAGAUAUCUUCGAUAUCGCUUUGUGGAAGGUACUCACUACUCACAGUGCUUUUUAAGCAUGUCUUGUGUACCUCUAAGUACCUACUCCUCCGUCAUGUUUGUGUACGUUGUUUGUGUACCUCUACCUACUUACGUAGGCAUGUCUUGUGUUUGUGUACGUUGUUUGUGUACCUCUACCUACGUCACUACCUACUUACGUUGUUUGUGUACCUCUACCUACUCAUGUCUUGUGUUUGUGUACCUCUACCUACGUCUUGUGUACCUCUACCUACUCCUACGUCAUCCAAGACUCAAUUUUCUGAUUGUUCUCAUGAAAUUGUAUCUUCCAUAAUAUACGUCCGACUCGCGCAGGUUCUUCCCGACGCAGCUCUGAUGAGGGGAAUUACAGACGAUACAGCAGUAUCAAACAGUGUCUACAUUGUUGAUUUGAAGAAGCAUUGUCACGAUAUCCGAUACCGAAUCUUCGGUGACAGGCCAGCCGCACAAGCUGCGUGCGAUGCGGACAGCACUUGUGGAGGCAUUUAUGGUACUUGCUACUUGUCUUUAUGUUUGUGGAUGAAGUGAAUUGCACUUGCACAUGUAUUAAUUUCCAUGUUCUCACGACGUGUAACUUUUUCUGACACCAAGAAAAAAUACAGUACAAACGACUGACAUCAGUUUAUGCAACUUCAAUCUUUACUAUAUACAAGAACAUGCCUUCCCCCCCAGGUCGCGACUGCAACGUCCAGGAAGACACCUUCCAGGGUCUUUUCCUCUGUAAGCUGGCUCCCGGACAACAGCGCAUCGUUCUCGGAAACAGUACGGAGAACAGUUGCGUCUUCGUCAAAUAUGACGCAAGUGAGACCACCACAAUCCCACCACUCACUGCUCCACCGAUGGCCGACGCGAGGUCUGCAAGUGCACUCAGUGCGUUUGCCAUUCUGUUGGUUUUCAGUGGAUUGUUCUGGGGUUGAGGAACAGGGGAAACAGGUAGAAAUACAAAUUAAUAUCUGUUAGUAGACGAAUUAAAAUUAGCUAGAGCAUCAAUUUUGGCGAUUAUUCACUUGCACUUCUCUGGACUAGUCCGUUACUUACUAGUCUGUUGUAUGCUGUAUGUUAAUGUAUGCUGAUCCCUUGUUACGAUGUAGAUGUCUUCUUGAUCUUGAAUGGUUACGUGGUCUUUUGAGUUUUCAAUAGCUGUGUUGUAUAUAAUGCUGAACUACUGCGCAAAGAACCUUUUUUUGUGUUAUACCGAACAUCACUAUGUGAAGACAACGAAAUAAAUGAUGGAGAAGAGAUGAUGAAGAGACAGGUGAUAUGAAAUUGGUAGAAGAAGUACCAAGACAUAGAUGACAAUUUUGAUUCUGCGAGGAGCAGCACACAAACAAACUACAAUAAUUCAGCGAGGACAACAAAGUGACACAACUACUGCACAGAGCUGCUCACUGCUUAAAAUUCAGCAAACUGCACAUCUUGAUCUUCAAGACUGUCUGUCGAAGACUCGUACGCUUAUCUGAACUUAUGCUCUUAGACAAAGUAAGACACCGAACGCGAACUCACGAAUACUUUCCUCUAGAAGAUGAACAUUUAUUAGAAAAGAAGGAAAAAAAUGCGAUAAAGACAGUGACAACACAUGCAGCAGCGCUUGCUUGGUUUUUGUACAGAAAGGCAAGCGAUGCACAUGCGAGGAUGAAUGUCAAGAUUAAUUCGAUGACCCAAUGAACAAGACCCGAAAACGAUACCCCCACUAAACCACGAACUCCUGUGACCCAAAACAAAGCUUAUAUUAUAAGUUACACUUUCCAUGAUAACUUCACUCGUCCCCAACCCAAACCCCCUCUCCUUGCAAGAAGCCGCUAAUGAUGAAUUCGAAUUCCAUCUUCAGUUCUUCAAACUACUGAAACGGAUUCGCCUCG